AGUUUUGCCAAAUGGCUGACAACAAACAGUGUUAAAAAUGGUUAUGCAAAAACACUUGAGACUAAAUGACCUUAUGCCGAAUGAUUGUUCAAAUCCCAGGAUUAGCCCAGCCAAUAUCGCUGUCGCUGUCUUCAGCUCCGUCCACGGGAUCAUCGACAGCCGCUAGUGUCCUGAAUGCGGCGAACAAUGCUGCCGCUGGCGGUAGCACAGGUCACCAUCAAACCACUAGCCUAUUGGUGUCCGUGCCGGUGUCGAACGCCGGUGCCGGAGGAAAUCAGCUGAAUACCUUGAAUGCCGCCGGAAACGCAGGUACGACCGCAGGCGCUACAGGAACCGCUACCGUGGGUAGUGCAGCUGCCAAUAUACUCGGUGCAAACUCCCAAACCACCACCCAAACAGUGGUUCUCGCCAACCCUCAAACUAGCGUUGGCGGCUCUAGUCUGCUCUCUUUGCCAAUUGGUAAGUUGUACGGAAGAAUUCAACGCAAUGGUGGUUCUAAUGUCGAGUGUCAUACUGCAGCUCAAAUCGUAACUUCCGGUAUGAAAGGCUUAGGCCAACAAAGCAUACGUGCUGCUACACCUCUGACAGUGAACACCGGUCAACCGGGUCAGCAAAUUCAGUUACUGAACAUCAGUCAGCGGCCACGCAGUGGGCAACUUCCGGUGGUAUCAUCCGUCACUACACCGAUCACAGCCAAGCAAAUUGCCGCACGGGUAGCAGCCCAGCAACGCAGCAUGAGCGGGUCCACGCUGAAAAUAGCCACACCAAUUACAGCCACACAUCACAACCAGCAAUUGGGCCAAACGCUGAACGUGACCACAAAUGCUGCCCCCAAUCAACUUGUGAUGACUACCAAACAACUUCAUUUGAAGCUUCAACAACAGCAGCAACAGCAUCAGCAGCAGCAAGCUCAACAAAUUAUAACCACAGCAAAUCAACCCGCCGCUACACAAAUCCAUAUCCAGCAGCAUCAGCAGCUUGCCCAGGCUCAACAGCAAUUGCAGCAACAAGUUCAAGUUCAACAGCAGCAGCAGCAGCAGCAACAACAGGCACAGCAAAUAACCAUCAACAAUAGUGUCGUAUCGUCGCUUCCUUUACCCACCAUCACGCCGCCGCCACAGCUUACGCACCAUCAAAGUGUGGUUAACGCCCUAGCUAGUAAACACCGGCGGAGAUCGGCCGCCGACUUGAAUAAGUAAGCUCCUUCACCCUUGUUGAAGUAAGUUGAUUCUUUCCAAAUCCACAUACAUGGGGAAAACACUAUAGCACACACCAGCCACUCACCCACAGGGCUGUCCUCUUUUAGUCACUACACGCCCCCAGCUAUCUAGAUUAGAAUUUAAGAACAAAUUUUCCGGUUCCUCCCACACGUCAGUGCGCUGGGCCCGCUAUGAUGGGAGGCAGAAGCCUUUUCGCAAGAUUGAAAACGACGUUCAUGACGAAUGAACGAAGCUUUCUCGUUUUAAUUAGCUUUAUGUACAAUAAUGGUCAAGAAUUUAUACGUUAUCUAUGAUUUUUUAUACAUUAGCCACUCACAAAGAAAUGUGUUAUUUGUGCGGAACGAAAAAAGUUAGUUAAAAUCAGCAUGAAAGCGGACUUGUUGUGGACUAGCAUGGAACAGUGCAACACCUUC